CCCCAAGAACAGUCCACACACACACAGAGCCAACCGUAGAACAAUCAGCUGCCCGACCCCAGCUGAGCGGGUGUUUUGGUGACCAGAGAUCCGGGGCGCACCCCCUUUUUCAGAAACACCCGGCCCAGGAAGUCCCCGGAGCGCGUCGCCAGGCCGGCGCCGACCAUGACCGCCUGAUACCGCAGGAUUCCGUGGGCGACAGCGCACACUGUCAUCUCUGAAUCACGGGGAUCCCCGAGGACAUCGUUCCAACUGGAAUAGCACCAGCAAAGUUGAACAAGUACCAAACGGACUGAGGUUGCAGUUUCACACAGGAGUAGAAACUUUGGGUUGGCCCCUUUUUUGGACUGAGGAUUGCUACAUUUUUUUUAGCCUUGGAGCAGAUUUCUUCCAACGCAGUCUACUUCCUCAGUUACAUAAAAAACUGCAGGUGACAGGAUCCGGGAAAAUACAGUCAUCGUCUUAACGACUUCCUAAGCUACUGUACGCUUCAGAGAGGUGGUGUUCUUUCGCCAAGUUUGCAGCGCCUUGUUCUAGCUCUCAAAAAUCAUGUCUACCAUCGUGUGCCUUCUCCUGGUGGCGUUUUCCCUGCUCCAGUGCCUGGUGUGGGACGUCGCGGCGACUUGUUUCAGCUACCCGCAGAACCUGUGCUGUAAGGGGAAGAACAACGAGUGUAAGACCAGCGGCCGGCGGCUGGACGGGACCGUGGGCGCGUGCUUCUGCGACGAGAACUGUUACGUGAUGCGGGACUGCUGCGCAGACUACGAGAACGCCUGCCAAGCCGUGGCGUGCCAAGUGAGUGAGUGGGGAAGCUGGAGCGGCUGUUCCGUGAGUUGCGGGGAGGGGGUGAGCGAGAGAAGGCGGUAUGUGCUGACCUCCCCCCGGGGUGGGGGCCCAGCCUGCCCGCCCCUGGUGCAGAAGAGAGCCUGCUACAACUACGGCUACUGGUGCUCGGCAGCCACGAAAGAGGUCGCACACAUUCUCCCAGCGUCCUUCGGACAACUCCGGCUGAGCGACGAGCCCAAAGGAGCCAUGGGGCUAAUCAUGGAUACCAGAAAAUCACACAUGUAUUGUGUGAAUUUCCGGAUCACCUCGGCCUCGGCUGCCUGCCGUCUCCGCUCCAACUACCUGGCGGGGUGGACGCGGACGCUGCGGGCCGGCGCGAACGUGUGCGUGGAGUGUCAGCCCCACGCCAUGGAUAGGAAGAUGCACUGCCGCGGGGACGGGGCCAGCGGGCCCAACACCGGCAGGUGGACGGCGGUGGAGGCCACGGGGUGCCGCGGGUCCUGGAAGAAACACUCCCGUCAGGAAAACUGCUACUGCAGCGGGUACCGGGGAUACGGCUUCAUCUUCGUCUGAUACUCUGUGUGACGUUAUGGAUGGUUGAAACUUAGUUCAGUACAAAUAGACAUCGAUAUUCUUUUGAAAUACUAAGAUUGGUGGUGCAACAUGAAAGUAUAUUACUUGAUGAUUUGAGAUUGAAAUACACGACUAUUAUGCAGAAUAUUCUGUAAAUGUACAUGUAGUUAUAGACUUGUGCGUUGACAAUUUAUAGUAUAUGUGGUGCCUUUCAGUACGAAGAAGCCUUGUAGCUGUUAUA